GAGAGACCCUAAGCGGUGGGUCCGGGUCGCCCAGUUUGACAAGUGGGGCGCACGUGUCUCGGGAUGCGGGGUGAAGAAGCCCUGAGCUGCCAAUACUGCAUUGAGCCCCUACCCUCUCCCAAGACCUUUGUCAGAUCCUGAGGAUACAGUGUUGACGGGACAGAGCCGGGCCCUGCCUUCGUGGAGAGCUGGGGACACGGACAAGAAGACAGCAGAUCCCUAAAUGAGCAAGACAACCAUGGACGGCGACACAGGAUGCGGAGGAAACCAACUGACGUGACAGAGCAUCGCCUGCCAGACCUCUAACACCAUCCGCGAAGCUUGAGUGAUGAAGUGGCAUUUGAGCUGAGAAUGAGUGGCCAGAAAGGAUCUGUCCUUGGGAAGGGAGCCGCAGACAUGAAGGCCCUGGAGGCGGGAGAGGUUUCGGGGGCAGCAAGGUGGUGACAGGGGCCGGCCCACACCGGGCCUCAGGGCUCCCGGGCUUUACUCUAAGUGCAGGGAGGAGGGUUUUAAAUCAGAUAAUGACAGUUUUAAAAAAAACGCUGCAGUAUUGCCAUAGAGAAAGAGGUGGGAGGAGUCUGAGGGGGGUGGCUGUCACUGUAAAUCACGGUUUGCAGUUGGGUGGUGGCAGCUAUGGUUGGGAGAAGGGUGAGGAGCUUGGAGAUAGCGGUCACGUGAUCUCUCCAAGCCGCGCCCUCAUCUGUAAGCACCUACCUCCUGGAUCUGCUCUGAGGACGUGCUGCAUUUAGCAAUAGUGAGGGCUCAGUAAGUUAGUCAUUGUCAUUAUUUCUGGGGAUGAGGUGGGUGUAUGGGUCUGAAGCUCAAGAAAGGGACCUGAGCGGGAGACUAAGAUUGGGUGGUUGUCUACAUUUGUAGACCAGGAGCGAAGUGAACCCCUGGGGCACACUUGGCACUCUCUGUUGUCACGACAGGACGGGGAGUCGGGAGGGGGCUACUCGUGUCUGGAGCGUACAUGCCAGGGAUGCUGCUCAACAGCCUACGAUGCACGUGACAGCCCCCACCACAAAGAGUGUCAGUGCUGCCAAAGUGGCGAAGCCCUGGUGUGGACAGAAGAUGUCGUUGUCCCUUUAAACCAGGCAUGCCCCCUCAGUCUCCACUGUCCCCACCUCUACAAGGAUGCUGUCCCGUAGAAACAGAAGUUGCCGCUCCAGAUGCUGCUGCUGCCCCCGCGGCCACCCCACCCUCGGUCCUCCUCUCCGGAGCCCAUGGACCCACCGUCCCCUAAGGCUCCCCCUUUCCCCAAGACGGAAGGGCCUUCCUCCACUCCUUCCUCGGUGGCCGGGCCGCGACCCCCACUGCUGGACCGACACCUGCUCAUCGACGCCAACGGGGUCCCCUACACGUACACGGUGCCGCCGCCGGAAGAGGAGCCCCGGCCCCCGCCCCAGCGAGAGGCACCCCCACCGGAGCCCAGCCCUCGAAAGGGCUACAGUUGCCCGGAGUGCGCCCGUGUCUUUGCCAGCCCUCUGCGGCUGCAGAGCCACCGCGUGUCGCACUCGGACCUCAAGCCCUUCACGUGCGGUGCCUGUGGCAAGGCCUUCAAGCGCUCCAGCCACCUGUCCCGGCACCGCGCCACGCACCGUGCUCGCGCAGGCCCACCGCACACCUGCCCACUCUGCCCGCGCCGCUUUCAGGACGCGGCGGAGCUGGCGCAGCACAUGCGCCUCCACUAAGUUCAGACCCGGCCCUGGGCCUCGACGUCGGGCCCACACAGCGGCACAACCACACACACUCCCCGGCUCUGCUGAGGCUACUGCCUUACCCCAGGCCUCAGUUUCCCUAUCUAUCCAAAGGGAGAAAUGUCAUUCCUUCAUUCAUUCCCUCCCUUUCUCCCUAGUGGUGUGAUGUAGAUCAAGUCGUUGACCUUUCCUGGGCCUGGGAACCAGUCGCAACUGGGUUCCAGCCCAGCUGUGCUGUGUGAGCCUUUGCAAGUGACUUAACCUCUCUGAGCCCUGGCUUUCUGCUCUGAAGUGGUGAAAGGUGGUCCGUGUGGGAGAUUUGACAAAUAAGCACGGGCACGACUCCUUUCUCUAUCUUCCCCUUACACCCACGCCCCUCACCUUUUGUUCAAUAAACAUU